GGUUACCUGACAUGUUUUACUGCGGAGAGCUCGCCAAGAACCCGUAACAACCCCGGAGCUGUCAGAAAAUAAUAACAUGGCCACUCACGCUAGCAUGUGCUGCCGUUUAUUUGACGGUCAUAGCAGUUUAACUCAUUUCAGAAAACUCUUCGCACAGUGCGUAAAUGGGAACACCCAGCGACUCUAUUCCAGUGCUACGCACAAGGAAAAUGAGCUUGAACUUGGAAACUCGACUUUAUCUAACGCGACUCCCAACUUCGCCGCAUCUCUGAAAACCAGGUCAAGAGAGGAGAGAGUCAGAGACCACAGCAUACUACCCUUUUCAGCCUUUUUGACUGACAACUUUGGCCGGAGGCACAGCUACCUGCGAAUCUCCCUGACUGAGAAAUGCAACCUGCGCUGUCAGUACUGCAUGCCGGAGGAGGGGGUGAAGCUUACACCACGGGGCCAGCUGCUUUCCACCUCGGAGGUACUGACCCUGGCUCGCCUCUUCGUCCAGGAGGGGGUGGAGAAAAUCCGCCUCACUGGAGGAGAGCCCCUCAUCAGACCUGAUGUGCUGGAUAUCAUCACAGAACUUAGGAAGUUGGAAGGCCUGAAAGCCAUUGCAGUGACAACCAACGGCAUGAACUUGGCCAGGCUUCUGCCUAAGCUGAAAGAUGCUGGCCUCGACCUGGUUAACAUCAGCCUGGAUUCACUGGUCCCUGCCAAAUUUGAGUUUAUCGUCAGGCGGAAAGGGUUUCACAAGGUCAUGGAGGGCAUUGAUAAAGCCAUCGAAAUGGGCUACAACCCUGUCAAGGUUAACUGUGUGGUCAUGCGAGGCCUCAAUGAGGAUGAGCUGCUAGAUUUUGUGGCGCUGACAGAGAAGAAGCCUCUGGAGGUGCGCUUCAUUGAGUACAUGCCCUUCGAUGGCAACAAGUGGAACUUUAAGAAGAUGGUGAGUUACCAGGAGAUGCUGGACCGCAUCAAGCAGCAGUGGCCCAAUUUGGAAAUGCUUCAAACUGGACACACGGACACUGCCAAGACAUUUAAAGUGCCAGGUUUCAAAGGUCAGGUGGGCUUCAUCACCUCCAUGUCUGACCAUUUCUGUGGCUCCUGCAACCGCUUGCGCAUCACUGCAGAUGGCAACCUCAAGGUGUGUUUGUUCGGGAACUCUGAAGUGUCCUUGAGAGAUAUCUUGCGCUCUGGGGCUUCAGAUGAAGAGCUACUGCAAAUCAUUGGAGCUGCUGUGGGCAGGAAGAAGAAACAACACGCAGGCAUGUUCAGUAUCUCUCAGAUGAAGAACAGACCUAUGAUCCUCAUUGUAUCCUUGACUCCAACAGGCACCGGAUCCCAAAGGCCUUUGUCUCAGCCAAAGGCACAAGACAGCCUGAGAGCUUUCCCUAUUGUUUCCCAGCUUACAAACAACACAUUCCUCUCUCCAGCAGCAGCUCCUCACAUGUGCCAUCCAGACAGCAGGAGAGUCCUGUAUAAAGAGGGUUUUUUGUGCCUUCCAGACUGCGCUGCUUCAACACAGGCAGCCCAUUUUUGCUGCUCUACAACCUUAAUAAAUGGGGGUACGCAUGAUAGGUCACAUAUCAACAAAUUAAAGCCCAAUGCGACAGACAACCUCCACAGUGUAGCACCCCUUCACUCCUCUCAGUUUGAUAAAGCUGUCAGUAGUUGUCACACUAAGACUGGUAGUUUUACGACACGCACAAAUGUCAUGAGCUACAUUAAUGAAGACCGUCUCAGGUACGCACAAGCCAGGGGUCCCGAUACUUUGAAGAGCCACUUACUCAGGACCCCAGGAACACCUACUUUUUGCACACUACUAAUGAAUGCCAAAAUAAAUCUUAAACACCACAAUGUUAGACUGUGUCACAAUCAGAGUUCCAGCGAAGACCCCUGUGUCAAACAGUUUGUGAGUGAUCAGAACAAGUCAGGCACAAAUGUCUCCAACACUCACCUGGAUGAAGCCACCAAAGCCCAGCUGACGCAUACAGACGCCCAGGGCCGGGCCACAAUGGUGGAUGUAGGGGGGAAAGUUCCCACAUGUCGUAUAGCCACAGCCCGCGCCACCAUCAUCUUGGGCCCCACUGCCUUUGGGCUGCUUCGGGAUAACCAGCUGGCUAAGGGUGACGCCUUGGCCGUGGCACAGUUGGCCGGCAUCAUGGCUUCCAAGCAGACCUCAGCCCUCAUCCCGCUCUGCCACUCGCUCCCCUUAGACCACGCCUCUGUCACGUUUGACCUUGACGAGCAGCAGAACGCCGCGGUCAUCACAGCAACGUGUCGCACUACAGGCAGGACAGGAGUUGAGAUGGAGGCUUUGACAGCCGUCACUGUUGCAGCGCUGACUGUCUAUGACAUGUGCAAGGCUGUGAGCCAUGACAUCAUCAUCACGGAUGUAAAACUGGUCAGUAAGACGGGCGGGAAGAGGGACUUUCAUCGUCAUACUUGAGACCCCCCCACCAAUGAAUCUAAUCCAGGAAAAGUGACUAUUAAUAAGCAACAUUAAGACUGCACACAUUUUUGCUGGAAUUGUCAUAUUUUCCUGCAAACUAAGAUUUAUGCCAUCAGAAUAAUGUGAAAGAUUUUAUAAACACAUAAAAAAUCCUACAUUCUCCCAUCCUGCCAAACUCAGCCAGUGGCUGACUUGAUUGCCUGCUCCAUCGACAUUUUACCAGCAAUCCUUACUUUAUCUGUCACAGUAUGAAACAUGUUGUUUCAACAGUGUCCAUGUUAACUUUAAUUUAGCAGUGGUGCGCAAAUCAUCCCAGUGUUAUACAUUAGAUUAUUUAUUCCCUGUAAUAAAUAUCUGAUACAAGUGCAACAAGUGAAACGCAUAGAACAAAUUGGACGACUGCAGUGUUUGUUUAUGUCUCUAGAGGGCACUCAAGUGUUACAUUUACAAGCCUCCCCAGAAGUCCUCCAGCAAAAAAAAAAAGCUCAAAGCUGGUCACAUAUUGAAUGUAGUUAUAUUUAUUGGCCUACAUGAACUUUAUAGAUACUUCCAUUUAGAAUGAAGCUGUCACAGAAAGGAUCAACAGCAGAGUAAUGAGAGCAGAGAAGUGUACGUUUCAAUGUCAAUGUGGCUUUUUCCUAGGUCUGCUGCUAGACAUCAGGUCUAACAGAAAUAUCACAUCCUCUAUAUGUUCCUCUACUUACCUGCCUUGGAUUUCUACAAUUUAUUGCACUGAGUAUGAGGGUUAUUUCAGUUGAAUGAAAUGUAACUUUUCUCAGAGAUAUUGCUUUCAUCAUUUUACUGUAACUAGUAAAGAAUUUACUCUGAAUUUGGGCAUUUACUGGAUUUUAUCUAGUUUUUAUUCUUCUAAUUCUGUAGUAUACUGGAAACACUGGAUAUUUGUACUCACACCACAUUACAGUAGGGGAUGAGAGUAAGGUGACACCAUUUAUUAGUUGUGUUUUGUUUGCCCCCUCUUUACCCCCAGAAAGAACUUGAUUGUGUUUCUUUGAUUUGAUGUUGGCUAAAAAUGUAUAAUUAUAUGAAAAAGUGUCUAAAUGCCUUGAGAAACAGAUGCACCCUCCCAUGUUUUGCAUGUCACCUUCAUUUUGUCAGUAUUACUGCAGGUAUGAUUGUCUCUGGUCAGCACUGUAGGACAGGGGAUCUCCCUUGUUGUCUUUGGAGAACUGAAUAUUGCUAUUUUUGUAACCUAGCAAAUGGUUGUUCACUCUGCGUCUAGCUCAGAGGUUUUGUCAGUUACAACAUAAAAGUGUGUUCCACGGUGUUAUAUUUGGUAAUUAAAGAAAACAGACAAUUCGUAGGUUUUUAUCCCUGAGAACAUCCAUCAUAUUGUCUUAGGUUUGCUUUCCUUUAAAAAAAUUUCUGUUACCAGUCCAAGACAGGUUGACCGUUAUGUAUCCAUGUUCUGAAUCACUGAGAGACUACCUUUUGCCAAGAUAGGUGCAGUCACCUGGCUUGGAGGUCUGAAGUGCAGCAGUUGUUUUUAAUGUUUUUACCAGUCUGAAAUGAAAACACAUAACUGUACGUACAGAUUUCUCACACUUUGUUAUAUCGCCGGUGACUAUGGGCUGAUUAUGUUUACAAGUCCAACUAACCUUGAACAAUGAAUAUUGCUGCUUGCUCUGAUUCCAUUGCAGUUGUCUCUUAUUUUACUUGGAUAAUGCCAAUAUUGCCUCGUGUUUAUUUUCUCUCAGAUGAUUUUACAAUCAUAUCAAAUAGUACCUUACCAUACAAUCCUUCAGAGGGCCAGGGUGGAGGUACAUACAACCAUGUGUCCGCCAAUAAACAUGUACUGUAGCA